UCCUCCCGGUUCUCCUAAAAAUAGAAGCUCCUCCGUCCUCCGUCCUCCGUCCUUCGUCUCUCUCACAAUCAGAGACACAGACACAGCAAAAAAUGGAAGCUACGAAGGCAUGGAUAAACGCUUUCAGAGCAAAAUCGCAAGCCACGCUGCUUUGGCUCGAGGGCUUCCGAGAGGCCUGCUACCUUCACCGCGUCCUCAUCCUCUGCCACCGGUCGAGAAAGCUUAUGAUACGAACAGGACAGUGUUUUCUAUUAAACGGCUUCAUUUUCUUAGGAAGUAUAAUUAUCCUUAACUCAGUCAUCAUCCCAACUCUACACUGGAUAUUACCUGAUAGAUGCCCAGAAUAUAGUUCUCAAGAACUCUGCUCAUUUGGUGGUAUAUUGAAAUUUUAUUCCUUCUUGCGGCAGGGACUUGUACAACUCUUUUAUGUAACUUGGUUCUACCCACUAUACGUAUUCAGCACUAUCCUGAGCGACAUCUGGUACAAUGAUAUUGCUAAGUAUGGAUUUUCUUCAAUGGGGAGGUCCGCGCCAACCACAUUGGAUCCUGUCAGACAAAAUGAGGCAUUGGUCUUACAAAAUAAUGUUGGUCCGGAAAGACCUGCUGGCCUGGGAGGGGUCAUGAUUGUAGGAGUGCAGAUGUAUUCAGUACUUCUUUUGAGUUGUUUCUUCCUAGAGGUAUAUGUGACAGGAUUUAUAUGUGGUGGGACGGCACUAAAUUUUCUGCUUCUGUCCUGGAUCUAUGCUUAUUACUGUUUCGAGUACAAAUGGAAUUUUUCUGAAGUUCGUCUUGAAAAACGGCUGGAUUUCUUCGAAUCUAAUUGGGCAUUUUUUGCUGGUUUUGGGGGCCCUUGUGUUCUGCCUAUACUCUUUUUCUCACCUCUUGUGAGCUAUGGAUUUAUGGCAAUUCUCUUUCCAUUGUUUGUUUUGACAGCAACGGGCUCAGAGGCUGAGCAAGUUAUUUCUUCUCAAAGGACAAAAUGGGAAGGUGCUGGGUUGGGAAAGCUUCCAAUAUUUAAUGCUGCAGAUAACUUAUCGACGCGGGUUUUGUCUCUGUUUCCCCUGGAAUCCCAGGAGUUACUUCAGAAAAAGAAAGAUCGCUAAAGUUUGGCUUAGUGUUUAUACAAUUGUAAAAAGUAAGUCGAAAAUUUUCUCUUUUGCCGUAAGGUUUCUAUUGUGCUCCCAUUCAAUCAACAAAGUUGUAGAUGUGUUGCGUUGCGUUGCAGUCUUUAUCUGAUUGAUAUGAUAAUAAUUUCUUAAUUUAAAUGUAAUGGUUCAAGAUAGGGCGUCAACGGAAGGGUUUCAUGGUUCCAUU